UGCUGUUUGUUUUUGGUUUGUGGGUUUCACUCGCAUUUCGAAACUGCUUUUAAUUAGAUAUUCUCGUUUUUCGUGAAAAACCACUGUGCCGCUGCAAGUGUCAUUGUCUUAUUCAGUGAAUUUGGUUAAACGAGCUGUUUUAGUCCUGCAAUUCCAUUAUUUCUGUUACUGCUAUACUCAUGUGGUUUUCACUGUAGAAUAGCCAUCGCAUGACUGCGUCUGUUUUUUGUUUACAAAUUAUGGUUUGCAUCACUAACUAGACCGCUAGACCGUCGCAGUAAGCUUUUUCUCUUUUAACUUAACUUAGAAUUCCACUUAAAUUAUGUCAAUUGUCGGAAGAGACCUUACAUUCAAAGCUGAGAAACACAUAAGAUACCUCCUCAGAUUUUUGGAGGUAUGGCCGCAUCAUCUAGAACAACAAGAUAGCUUGAGAUUAACGGUGGUAUACUUCGCUGUUUCUGGACUUGAUAUGCUAAACGCCCUUGAUCAAAUCGAUGCUGCAAGGAAGAAGGAAAUCAUUGAUUGGGUCUAUGCCCUUCAAGUUGAACCGUCCAUGAAUGAUGGAGACAUCAAUUUAUGCGGGUUUCAAAAUGCACCUACUCUAAAUAUACAAGAUACAGAUGCACAAAAUGCUGGACCUCUUCUCAAGAAAUAUCGAUGUGCAAAUGUUGCAAUGGAUUACUCAGCUCUAGCAAUAUUAGUUAUUCUUGGCGAUGAUCUCUCAAGAGUUAACAAAAAAGCAGUUUUGGAGGGAGUGAAAGCCAUGCAGCAAGAUAACGGAUGCUUUGCGUCGUGUGCCGUUGAAGGAGAAUGUGACAUGAGGUUCGUGUUCUGCGCUGUUGCUGUCUGUUAUAUUUUGAACGACUGGUCUGUGAUAAACGUUGAAAAAAUAGUCAAUUAUAUUCGCGAUAGUUUGAGUUAUGAAUAUGGAAUUGGCCAAGGUCCUGGUCAAGAAGCUCAUGGUGGAUCUACCUAUUGUGCUGUAGCCUCUUUAGCACUACUGGACAAAGUGCACGAAUGUUUCUCUCCUAAAGAGAUUAGUAUGUUGACUCGGUGGUGCCUUUUCCGGCAAGAAUGCGGGUUUCAUGGACGACCCAACAAGCCAGAUGACACGUGUUACUCAUUUUGGGUUGGUGCGUCACUAAAAAUUUUAGGGGCUUUUGAUCUCAUGAAUGUUGAAGAAAAUAGAAAUUUUAUCUUAAGCACUCAAGAUUUAGUUGUAGGCGGGUUUUCAAAAUGGAUGGACUCUGGACCAGACCCUCUACAUUCUUGCUUAGGUUUAUGCAGUCUCAGUUUAAUGAAAGUCGAGCGUCUUCUAGAAAUUCAUCCUGCUUUGAACGUCACUCAAAGGGCACAUAACCAUUUACAAAAACUUCAUGCUAGCGGGAGGAGUUGACAGUAAUAUCUCUGUAAGUUAGGAAUCAUACUUUCAUUUUUAUUUUCCUGUAAUUCGGCUCUAUUUUGACAGUGUUUUUUUCUCCCUAAAUAAUUGAAUGGUAAUUUUUGUAGACUUCCUCGAUGUCAUCAUUAAUCAAAACCACUAAUUUAAUAUUAUUCAUUUUUUUAGAAAUUUUUUCUUCUACCUUUUUGGCUCACUGUUUCUGCGAGUAUUGAUUUUAAUAAUUAAUUUUGUGUCAAGCUUAAGAAUCGCUGCUCAGUAUCUCUCAGGGACUUUUGAUACCUCUCAAAACUGGCCUGUUUUUUCUGUUUUACUCUUUUCCAUAAUUCCCUUGUUACUCCUUAUAAUUAUCUCACUUACAAACAAUACUUUUGCCCGCCUUAUUUUUAUUAAAUUUUCAAUAGCAAAUUAAACGUUUCAAGCCACUAAACACUCUAGAGAUGUGACUACCAUAAAUUGUAUCAGAAUCCACGUUGGUAUUGCUGAAAUUGAACAACCCUUGAGUGCUAUUUGAGAAGGUUUUAGUAGGUAUGUAAUAGACUACAAAUUUUUUACUCAUUUUUCAGUUGCUGUUGUAAUUUUUUAAAGUGAGCCAUUGCAUCUGAGAAUGUUUCAAUUUUUCUUUAAACUUGCUAAUGAGAGAAAAGUGCAAAACUAGAAAAUCUUUUCUGCAUCAUGCAAACCUCAUAGCGAUAGUAAUUACUUAUCUCUUAGAGAACGUUUUCCCGCAAACAGGUCUUCACUGCGCAGAGAAACUGCUAUCGAAUAGCUUCUUCUAUAUUCUCAAAAAAGAGAGUACUCAAUGUUCUUGUUAAAAAAUGGAGGAUCUUCCAAGUUAUAUGUAAUAUAUUCUUUUAGAGGUUGUUAUUACCAAUCACUCUGACUGUAUGUACCUGUUAGUCCAGUCAAUAUAGGAUUUAUGAUUAAAAGUUUUAGGCUUAAUCAGGUUAGGUAAUUGUGAUUCUCAGGUAAAAUUGGUCGCAGAAUCCGAAGUUCUGGUUUCCUGAAAGAUUUUCUGUGCAUUAACUCAGGAUACUCAGAAAACAAUGGAUAAUUGCGCUUUUCCGUGAUUUUUUCAAAGCAUCUCUAUUCUAGUGCAAGAUAUUGCCAAAAUAGUUUCAAUAUUUAUGAUAAUAACAUUUCCUUAAAAGUGAUGCUUAAAAAUUUUAUUUUAGGCCCAAAAGAACCAGCGCCAUAGCAAGGAGAAGCUCAAGAAAAGCGGAAAAUUGCGCUUUUCCAUCGUUUUUUCGACUUAGCUUCAUCCCCAUAAAAGACAUUCAAGAAGCAAUUAUUUUCAAAUUUAAAGCUCACAAAUUUUUACACUAAAUUAUUGCUCAAAAUUAUAUCAUAGGUCUAAUAUCAGUGGUAUUAGAGUGGUGGAAAGCUCAGAAAAUGUCCAGCAAAUCGCACUCUCCCCCCCUAUUUUGGAAUAUCCUUUUUCUAGUGCAAUGUAUCAUAAAAGUAGUUGUUUUCAAAAUUGAAGUUGGUAAAAUUCUACCUUUGAAUGAUACCUAAAAUCAUACCAUAGGUUUAAUGGUACCGGCACUAGAAUGGUGGAAAGAUGUGUUAAGCUCUGUAUUAAUCUUAAAAAUUGCAUUUUAGAAAAUAAUAGAAGCAGAUCAAAUCAAAAGAAUCAAAUAAAUGAUUUAUUCAAUCAACAAUUUUAUCAAAGCCCUUCCGAUCAUCAGCCAAAUAAAUUAACAAUGGUUUACACCAAAUAUUCGAAUCUGGUCGUUAAAAUUUAAUCAAUUGACACAGUAAAGGACUUAAAUCAACAAUGAACAGAUGUGUUGGUUUUUCCCAAAGUAGUGCAGUUUUGCCAAAGGUGUAUGUUCAGAAUAAUCACAACAUUUGUUUUAAAAAAA